AAAGACGGGCAUGAAUAAUCCAUGCCACAUAAAGAACUGCAGCAGUAAGGGACGUAAACGCAAGCUGUUUCGCGCACUUACGCACGACCUCAGACGCACGCGUGGUGCGUGUAUCGUGUGGGGGACUCUCUGAUGGAGGCUGAACAGAGGGUCGCGUGAGACCGCAGUAGCGUCUUUCCUCGCGCAUCUCGACGCGUCGCGGCUUUCUCUUUCACUCCUCGUGCUGCAGAAGCUGAAGUCGGCAUGUUCUGCUUUUGCCUGCAGAGCUCUCUGUUGAAGCUCCAGGCGCUGGAAGGAGACACCAGCCCAUCCUCAGAUCCAUCUCCAGAAGACAGUCCGCCCACCCUGGGCUUCAAAGAGGAGAGCCAGCAUCCUUCGUGCAACGGCGUCGGAGAGGAGAAAAGCCUUUUGGAUGUCAGACUGGCGGAUGGUGAGUGUAGCAGUGAUCUCCAGCAGAGGCCAGGUCCCAGCCAACUCAUCCAGCACAUCACAGACGACAACAGCCCCCUGCCCUCUCCUCGCUGCUCCAGCUUCAGUCACAGUCAACGCUUCAACACGGACCCUGAAUCUGCCCCGUCUCCGCCCUGCACACAGCAUCUCAUCAUGGCUCGUGGGCUUGUGAGAACGGAGGCUCCUGGAGCUGAAGUGACCUCCAUCUCACUCCUCAGCAAACACAUUCAGACACUCAAGAGAAAAGUAAGAAGGUUUGAGGAGCACUUUGAGCAAGAGAUGAACUAUAAGCCUUCACAUAAUGAUAAAUCGGCCAAUCCAGAGAUUUUCAAGCUCAUGAGUGAACUGGCCAGAUCUCGAAAGCAACUCAAAGAUUUAAAGCUGAAACAAUCAUUUGAGGAAACCCGCAGACAAGACGACUGCCAGACCACCGAUGUCUGCGGACACAUGAACGGCCAUCAGGAUCUGUCAGAGCAGCAGCACGACCCCUCUCUGGAGGAGACGGUAGAGACGCUCCUGACACGGCUGCAUGAGAAACGUCAGUCCCUCGGCCUGCCGGACAACAUGAAGGAGAUGACCCAAAGACAGAUGGCUCUGGAGAAGAUCACGCUGCAAAAAUGUCUGCUGUAUUUUGAGAGUUUACACGGUCGACCAGGUACAAAACAAGAAAGAAAUCUGGUGAAACCACUCUACGACAGAUACCAGAUGGUGAAGCAUCUUCUGUGUGCCACACCCACCAUCACCACCAUAGAAGAAGAGGAGGGGUCAGAUGAAGACUCGGUGCGGUACACCCCCCCGCCUGUGUGUUUUCCAGACAAGACGUGCUGUGGGGGGGAGGAGGGAGACAGUGACACAGCAUUCGUGUCCCCUAUGGAUGAGAUCAAGACCGUGAGACAUUCCACAGUGACCAUGUCCAACCUACACGAGGCCUCCAGGUCUGAGUUGCUGGAGUGCUUGCGUGAGACCCGAGCCGAGAAGAAGAGACGGCGUAAAGCCAUCCGUGAGUUUGAGGAGCAGUUCUUCAGACAGAUGGGAAGAAGCGCACAAAAAGAUGACCGAAUCCCCAUGGCGGAGGAAUACCAGGAGUACAAAAGCCUGAAAGCCAAAUUACGCUUACUGGAGGUGUUGCUCAGCAAACAGGAGACCACAUAG